CACGAUGCAGCCGCCCCAGGGACGUGGCCAACGCGCACAUCGAUGUGGGGAACAACACGCUGCUCAACGCCCGCCUGCGCUACACCUGCAACCCGGGCUACAAGCGCAAAGCCGGUACCUCCAGCCUCAUCCAGUGCGUCCUCCGUGAUGGCUCCACCGAGCCCGACUGGACCCACACCACGCUGCAAUGCAUCCGGGACCCGGCUCUACGUGCGCAAACCCCCAGCCCUGAGCUCCCGACGGCGCCGCGCACCGAGAGGACGACCCAGAGGGGAACCACCGACACCAGCCUGACCUCCAGCCCCUCUACAGCAGCAAUGCCUGGGCUGCCAGGAGCUGCCGGCCGGUCACCCGUGCCACCAACACCUGAUGAGCCAUCGCCGGAGAUGUCCACACCGCCGGAGAUGCCUCCACCACUGGAGACAUCCACACUGGGAGAGGGGAUGGCCCCGGGGACAUCUCUGGGGACAACCCCGCUGCCCAUCGCCCCCACGGACUACGCCGCAGUUUCCAUCCAGACCCUGGCGUCUUCCAUUGGAUCCUCGGUGCUGGUGGUGGCCGGCGUCGGGGCCUGCUGCUGCUGGAGGAUGAAAACGCGCGUGAGGCAGGACUACGCGGUGGUGACGGCCAUCCCCAUGGUGGCUCCUGCCGCUGAGAACAACGAGACGUUGCCGCCCGGCGUCUUCCCCACGGGCUGA